GGUUCCUUCGUCAGAUUUCAAAAAUCCUUACCCUUUUAAAGAAAGGCCCGAGAACUUCCCCCAAACCGCCAUUUCUUGAAAAAGAAAAAGAUCCCAAAUUUAGCGAAUCUGCUAUCAUUUGCUCAAUAAAAACCCUAUUUGUUGAUGAAAAAUGUCCCAAAAGCCUCUAAUAUUCUGACAUUUUUCUGUUGAAUGUUCCUGAAAUUUGAGAUUUUCAUAAUCAGAUGUAUGUUUUUCUCUAAUUGGGUUGGUUUUCAGCUAUGAUUUUGCUAAAAAAACCCUAAUUUUCCAACCCUUCUAAUUGCUGGGAAGCUCAAAAUUUUAUAAUCUUUGGACAUUUUCUUUGUUGGGUUUUUUUUCCUGAAAUUCGAUUUUGGUGAUCGUAUCUUUAUUGGGUCGGUUUAUCUGUCUUGAUUUCUUCGAAAAAAUCUUGUUUUUCAAUCCAUUUGCUGGCCCAAAACCGUAAUUUUCGUCUAUUUUCAGAGGGGAUCAGAGCAAAGAUUCAUUAUUCUCUGGUUUCUUUGUUGGGUAUUCGCGAAGUUCCAUUAUACAAUCGAAUUUUGUUGGGUCUGUUCACUUUCUCUUGGUUGAAUCGAAAACUCUCGGUUCUUGAUCAGUUUACAGCUCCAGAACCCUAAUUUUCAUAGAAUCUUGUUAGAGAAAUCCCUGAUAGUCUGUUCUUGGGACUUGGAGUAGAAAAAGAAACGAGUAAAUAGCUUCCUUCUGAUAUUUCCUCCUUGGCAUGAUCUGAAAUUCGGCCCUUUUCUUUUUCUCUUCUGUUGAAAUUGAAUUGAUUGGGCUGGUCUUUCAAAAGGAAGUGUUGUCGAUGGGGAGAAUUGUAAGGAGUUGCCUUCAGUCGCUACUGAAACUUGUGAAUUCGGCUAUUGGGAUGGUUGGGAUUGCGAUGAUUUUGUACUCUUUGUGGAUGUUUAGGAUUUGGUAUAAACAAAUUGACGGAGACCACUUUCCGAUUCCAUGGUUUAUUUAUGCUUUUCUAGGAUUGGGAAUCACCUUGUGUGUGAUAACAUGCUCUGGCCAUAUUGCUGCGGAGACUUUGAAUGGUCAUUGCCUCUCUUGUUACAUGGUGUUUGUCUUUCUUCUGUUCCUGCUUGAGGCUGCAGUUACUGCCGACGUGUUGCUGAAUAGGCACUGGGAAGAUGAUUUUCCGGAAGAUCCAACUGGGAGAUUCGAUGAAUUUAAGAAUUUCGUGAAAUUGAACUUUGAAAUAUGCAAAUGGAUAGGCUCAUUGAUCGUCGCUGCUCAGGGAUUGUCUAUUUUCGUAGCCAUGAUUCUCAGGGCUCUAGGACCAGAUCAUGGAAGCUACUACGACAGUGACGACGAGUAUGCUCCCGCAAGGCUUCCGCUUCUGAAAAACCACGUUCAGCAGAUUCCUUAUGUUGCGGACCCUCUUUUUCCAUUGAAGAAUGAUUCCUGGAAUAAAAACAGGCAGUGAGAACUACAUUGAAGGGACCCACCCAUUUUGUGGCGAGAGGGUUGGCUCCAGUGAUUUGUGAUACUGUCAAUGGAAGGCCUCCCCCUAUCCUGAGCGAAGCAUGUCUAAUUGAAAAAUUAAAAAUGGGCGCUUGCUUGAUGGUAAGGGCAUCAGGGUUUGAUACACAGAUGAAAAUAUGCAUUGCUGUACUAUUCUUGUAGCACUCUUAAACAUUUGAUAAAAAUUAGAUUGUUACUACAACUGCUUUUGUUGCAUACACUCUUAGUAAAAUGCGCUUUGCGCUUCACU